CAGGAGGAGUGUGGGCAUCAGGGAUGAGGCUGAAUUUCCAGCCCGUGAGGGUCCCUGAGGCACUUUCUCUUGCCUCUGGAGGGCAUUUGCCUUCCCAGGAGUGAAUGGCUCAUGGAGCAAGUCUCUGGGUCCGUGUCCCCAGCAAGGGCAGUUCGCCACCUUCAUGGCCGGGCUGAGCUGGAGAGACACGGAGGCCAAGCCAAAGCAAGGGAGAGCUGCCUGCAAGUCAGGGUUUGCAGAUGGCGAGCCCGCAGCUCCCCCGGAGGGGGGUGGAAGGAGGCUGGCCCUUUCCAGGAGCCGAUAGACGUUCCAGCAGUGCCCAGGAGUGUAAGGAUGUGACCUUGGCCCUUCCAAGAAAGCACGUGGUGGGUGCUUUGCGCCUGUUUACUCCCCAGCUUGGCCCAAAUCCCGGCGCAGAGAGAAAGUGAAAGAGAAAAGGACGGCCCUGGCGGAUGAGGUGGGGGGACUGGGCGACCAACCCGCCCCAGUCUCGCAGCAGCCCCACAGCUGGCGGGAACGAGAGGCCACCGGCAGCACGCGAGAGUCGGGGAGCAGCGAUAGGUGACCAGGGCUGUGCCCCUGCACCCCGAACGUCGGCCCGGCAAUCGAGGCUCAGAGGCAGCGGACAGUGUGCCGCCAUGGAGUUGGGGUCUCUAGAAGGCGGGUACCUGGAGCUUCUCAACAGCAGUGCCGAUCCCUUGCAGCUCUACCACCUCUAUGACCAGACGGACCUGGCUAGAGAAGAGAUUGAGCUCUGCUCAGAACCCGACAUGGACACCAUCAACUGCGAACAGUUCAGCAAACUGUUGUGUGACAUGGAAGGUGAUGAAGAGACCAGGGAGGCUUAUGCCAAUAUCGCGGAACUGGACCAGUACGUGUUUCAGGACUCCCAACUGGACGGUCUGGGCAAAGACAUUUUCAUCGAGCACAUAGGAUUGGAAGAAAUGAUCAGCGAGAGUGUCGAGGUGCUGGAGGAAGCAGGGCAGAAAAGUCAGAAAAGACCCUUCCCAGAGGAGCUGUCCGUGGACUUGAAGCACAGGAAGCUGGCUGAGCCCCUCGCUAUGCCCAUGGUGACUGGCACGUUCCUGGUCGGGUCAGUGAGUGACUCCGCAGCUCUGCCCUGCUUGUCACCACCUGCUGUGUUCAACAAGGAGCCAGCAUCCGGCCAGAGCUGGCUGGAGGAGACCGUCCUGAUGCCUGUGCACCCUUCCAGUUCCUUGCUGAGCCACCUGAGUCUUCCUGCUGGAUGUAUCCAGAUCAUCCCUGGCCUCCCCUCUCUGCCCCAGGGGCUCUGGCAAAUCUCAGGGCCUGGGACGGGGGUGUCUGGUAUGGUCAUCUAUCAAGGCGAGAUGCCCCAGGCCAGCCAAGUGCUUCCUUCUAGUGGCCCAGCUGUGCAGAGCCUCCCCAAGUCCCCAGAUCGGCCCGGCUCCACCAGCCCCUUUGCCCCGUCUGCAGCUGACCUUCCUGGAAUGCCAGAACCAGCUUUGACCUCCCGUGCAAAUAGGACAGAGGACCAGAUGUCCCCUACCCAAAGCCAGGCAGCUCACGAGAUCUCCAGCAAGCCUCCAAAAUGGCCUGAGAGCGUGGAGCGGUUGUACAGCUCCCUACGGGACGAGUACCUGGCUGAGUUCGCAGGCCCGGAAGACAUCCUGGUGGAGGUGGAGCUGGUGAAGGCGCGGCUGGAGAGAAGCAGUGGCAAAAGCCAGGAGAGGGAGCUGGCCACCCCGGACUGGGCAGAGAGGCAGUUGGCCCGCGGGGGUCUGGCCAAGGUGCUGGCGGCUGCGGGGGACCGGCGGCGGCCACGGGAGACACAGGUGAUCGCCGUGCUGGGCAAAGCAGGACAGGGGAAGAGCCGUUGGGCCCGGGAAGUGAGCCGGGCCUGGGCCUGCGGCCAGUUGCCCCAGUACGACUUCGUCUUCUACCUCCCCUGCCACUGUUUGGACCGCGCCAAAGGGGACACUUACCGCCUGCAGGAUCUGCUCUUCUGCCUGGGCCCCCAGCCACGGCCCAUGGACGAGGAGGUCUUCGACCACAUCUUGAGGCGGCCCGACCGGGUUCUGCUCAUCCUGGACGCCUUCGAGGGGCUCGAAGGCCAAGAUGGCCUCCUGCACAGCGCGGGCGGACCCAUGUCCACAGAACCCCACUCCCUCCGGGGGCUGCUGGCCAGACUCUUCCAGCGGAAGCUGCUUCGAGGUUGCACCCUGCUGCUCACGGCCCGGCCCUGGGGCCGCCUGGCCCAGAGCCUGAGCAAGGCCGACGUCCUGUUCGAGGUGGCCGGCUUCUCAGCCGAGCAGGCCGAAACCUACGUGACGCGCUACUUGGAGUGCACUGGGGCCACCGCGCACCGGGAGCGAGUCCUGGCCCUCCUCCGGGGCCAGCCGUUCCUGCUCAGCCUCAGCCACAGCCCCACCGUGUGCCGGGCCGUGUGCCGGCUCACUGAGGCCCUCCUAGAGCUGGGUGACAAGGCUGAGCUGCCCUCCACGCUCACGGGACUCUACGUGGGCCUGCUGGGCCCCGCGGCCCGGGACAGCCCCCCGGAGGCCCUGGCAGGACUGGCCAAGCUGGCCUGGGAGCUGGGCCGCAAACACCAGGGCACCCUGCAGGGCAGCCAGUUCCCAUCGGCCACCGUGAGGGCCUGGGCCGUGGCCAAAGGCCUGGUGCAGCCCGUCCCGGGCGCCCCCGAUGUGGAGCUGGCCUUCUCCAGCUUCCUCCUGCAGUGCUUCCUGGGGGCCGUGUGGCUGGCCCUGAGCACUGAAAUCAGGGACAAGGAGCUGCCACAGUACUUGGCAUUGACCCCGAGGAAGAAGAGGCCCUAUGACAACUGGCUGGAGGGCGUGCCGCGCUUCCUGGCUGGCCUGCUUUUCCAGCCUCACGCCGACUGCCUCGGAGCCCUGGCAGGGCCAGCCGCGGCCGCCGUUGGGGCCAGGAAGCAGAAGGUGCUCAGCAGGUACCUGAAGCGCCUGCAGCCAGGGACGCUCCGGGCCGGGCGGCUGCUGGAGCUGCUGCACUGUGCGCACGAGGCCGCGGACGCCGCCAUCUGGCAGCACGUGGUGCAGGGGCUUCCAGCCCGCCUCUCCUUCCUGGGCACCCGGCUCACACCCCCCAACACCUACGUGCUGUGCAGCGCCUUGGCGGCGGCUGGCCAAGACUUCUCCCUGGACCUCCGCAGCACUGGCAUUGACCCCGCUGGGCUGGGGAGCCUCGUGGGACUCAGCUGCGUCACCCAUUUCAGGGCUUCGCUGAGUGACAUGGCGGGGCUGUGGGAGUCUCUACAGCAGCGUGGGGAGACCAAGCUGCUCCGGGCAGUGGAGGAGAAGUUCACCAUCGAGCCUUUCAAGGCCAAGUCCCCAAAGGAUGUGGAAGACCUCGGCAACCUCGUGCAGAUCCAGAGGACAAGGAAUUCCUCGGAAGACACAGCUAGAGAGCUCCCUGCUGUCCGGGACCUAAAGAAGCUGGAGUUUGCGCUGGGCUCUGUCUUAGGCCCCCAGGCUUUUCCCAAACUGGUGAGGAUCCUUGAGGCCUUUUCCUCCCUUCAGCAUCUGGACCUGGACUCGCUGAGCGAGAACAAGAUCGGGGACGAGGGUGUCGAGCAGUUGUCAGCCACCUUCCCUCGGCUGAGGGCCCUGGAGACUCUCAACUUGUCCCAGAAUAGCAUCACUGACGUGGGCGCCUGCAAGCUCGCCGAGGCCCUGCCCUCCCUGGCUGCGUCCCUCCUCAGGCUGAGCCUGUACAAUAACAGCAUCUGUGACGUGGGAGCUGAGAGCCUGGCACACGUGCUUCCAGACAUGGUGUCCCUCAGGGUGUUGGACGUCCAGUAUAACAAGUUCACCGCCGCUGGGGCCCAGCAGCUCGCUGCCAGCCUGAGAAAGUGCCCUCAUGUGGAGACACUGGCGAUGUGGACGCCCACCAUCCCGUUUGGCGUUCAUGAACACCUGCAGCAGCUAGACUCACGGAUCAGCCUGAGAUGAGCUCCAUGAUGCCUGGGACGAGCAUGUUCUCUGAGGACGCUGACCACGCUGGACCUUGAAGUGGUUAUCUGUGGACACAGUUGUUCUUGGGCCCACGAGCCAAGCAGCCUGGUGCCCAGCCCUGCCGGCUCAGGGUCGGCCCCCACCCAGCCACGGGAAGGACCUGCUCUGCGGACGGACCUGGGCCCGGCUCCAGGCCCCCUGCGGGGCCCAGGUCGAUGGCACCCCCGGCAGAUGGGGUGGGCGCCCGGUGGCUGCUGCACUCCACCCAGGAGCACUGAGGCAGGCCCUGCGGGAUGCUCCUGACAGUGGUGACCAGGCCGGAUUGAGGGAGCGGGGCGGCCCCAUCUCUGCCUCCCCAGGUCCCUGCUGGCCUGGGGAGAAAGCACUUCUCCAUGCUGCUCUCCUAAUAGGGCGCGCGUGGCGCUCUGCAGACACCAGCAGCCUGCCCCGCCUGCUCCUUUCCCAAACUGUGACAGGCGGGGAUUUGGUGGCAACUGCUUUGUGUCUGCAGGACUCACUGUUUUUGCACUAACCUGGUUGAGGCCAAAGCUCAGCCUGGCGCAGACACACUGGGCUUUAGCUGGAAAGAGCUGACAGGACACUAAUGGAGGGGGGGGAAGGCCUCUCGGCCUUCAUCUCUUGUGUCGUCUUUCACUACAUUAUAAAGGGCUCAUUCAAUCUCA